AUAUAUACAUGAUAGUUGUAAUUCCAUGAUAUAGAAUUCUGAUAUGCCUAGCUAUACUUACAUAUUUUUUGUUAUUAAGCUUACCUACAUGCAAGUUGGCUUUUGACAUAAAAACGUGUCAUGUAGUAGUUGUCUAUAAGCCAAAAUUGACUAUUUUGGCACUUGGCAAUUUGGUGUAGUACUCAUUACUUAUUUGUUUAGGAGUCUGUAAGCCAAAAAUGACUAUGUUGGCACUUGGCAAUUUGGUAUAGUACUCGUUUAGGAAAAGGAGAGACAGUAUAGUCAGUAAGACACAAUGGCUAGUGUAUGCCUCAAACCUUUCAUGGAAAAAUACCUUGCUGGAGAAGUGCUUUUCGAUGAAAAAAUUGAGAAGCUUCCUGGUGGCAUCAAGCUGUCUCCUGGAGUGAAGGCACAAGAUGUCUUAGACUUAAAAGAAAAACUUGUCGCUCAUUCAAGUGAUGUAUUUGUCACCUCCUAUGUGAGGAGUGGAACAAAUUGGAUUAUGUAUAUUGUGCUGUUAAUAGCUAAUGGUGGAACACCUCUUGAAAAAGACUUGGAUAGCAUAGCACCUUGUAUUGACAUCAUGAAAUUUUUUGAAGUUGAAGCGAUGGGAUCUCCACGAUAUAUGAAACAUCAUCAUCCUUAUGAUCAUGUUGCUGGUGGUCCUCCACAUCAAAGUCCAGCUAAAUACAUAUACUCCUAUAGGAAUCCAAGAGAUGUGGCUGUGUCCUGGUAUUUGGUUCAGAAGCAAUUUCCACACAAAUCUCCUCUAACAUGGAGUAAAUUUCUUGAUGAUUUUAUUGAUGGUAAUGUUGUUUAUGGUAGCCCAUUGGAUAAUAUAAGAGGCUGGUGGGAUCAUAAAGAUUCUCCUAAUAUCCUGAUGCUGUCUUAUGAGUGGAUGAAGAAGGAUCCAGUAGGAGCUGUACAAUCAAUCAGUACAUUCUUGGGAUAUCAAUUGAGUCAAAAGCUAAUUGAAGAGAUAGCAGCAAACUCAAGAAUCGAUAAAAUGAAAAUGAAUCUUGAGUCCUUGAACAGUGCCUUGACAAAAUACAAAUUAGUUCGUAAAGGAGUUGUAGGGGAAUGGCACAAUUAUUUUGGUCCUGAAGAUAUUAAGAAGUUAGAUGCUGCAGUGAAGGAGAAGCUUGGUGACACUGACAUUGUGUUUGAUUAUGGAGACACUAAUGACUGAUUUUCUUGUAAUAUGAUUGCAGUUUUGACUUUCUAAAUUAUUACCUUAAAAACUAA